CCUUCAAGCCAAAGUCCAAUAAUUGGUAUCAAACAAAGAGAGAAAUGAAGGUGCUGACAGAGGAUGGAGGUAAAGUGCAGUUUGAUGGCAGCAAGAAGAACCAACACAUCCUCACAUUGAGAAAUGUUCAGAAGAAUGACUCAGCAGAAUACAGGUUCAAUGUCAGAGAGUUUGAUGGAUUUAUAAACCUUUUUGGCUCUCCUGGAGUGACUUUGAUCGUCACAGAUCUGGAAGUGAAGGUGACUCCUUCUCCAGAGGUCACAGAAGGUCAGAGAGUCACUCUGACCUGCAGCACCAGCUGUCCUCUGACUCACAACUCAAACUACAUGUGGUUCUUCAACGGUGAACCUCUGAACUCAAACAACAAACAGCUGAUUCUAGAAGCAUUCAGCCAUCAGCAUGCAGGAAGCUACUCCUGUGCUGUCAGAACCGGCUCAAACAUCUCAGACAGAUCAGCUGUGAAGACUCUUAAAGUCCAAAGUGUGACAAUAAUGUGGGAAGUGGUCGCUGCAGGAGUCUCUGCUGUUCUGCUCCUCUUCAUCCUCCUCUCUGUGAUCGUGUGUGUGAGGAAAAAGAAGACUUCCAGUCAAUCUUCAGGGAUUGAAAUGUCAAAAAACACACAGCAGCUGAGUCCUGACGUCAUGUAUGAGAACGACACUGCUGGGUCAGCAGAGCAGGACGAUCAUCUCUACAGCAGACUCCACUUCUCUCAGACGCACUCACACGACGUCUACCACACCAUCCCGACACGGCCUGCCCGCUAAACCACACUUUAUUUUCUGCUCCGUCGUUGACAAGAGUUCACUGCUCACAGGUUCCACUGUUGGAACCAUUUGACACUUUCAGACUUUGUCACCAGAAUCAACCUGAGUC